GCGGAACUCACUGUCUCCGGAUCUGCGGAACAUAAAUAAUCUAUGGAUGCUUGUUACUUUUUGUGUUUUCUUUAACACUAAAGGGUUACUAUGUACAAUGACACUGGAGCGAACUAAUGAGCUGACAGUCUGCAUGUUGCUGAGGUGUGGGCUUUGAGUGAUAAUGGCGGUGAACUGGGCCGAGAGAAUCUCUGCUUUCUCCCGCAGUCCCUCUCGCUUCCUCUCCGGGACAACUGCGGAGGCUUUCUUGGCAGAGCUGGUCCGUGAGCUCCGAGAUGACAGAGCCAGUUACAGUGUAAAGGUCCUCCUGUUGUCCCCAUUAUGUGAGUCCCCGAUUCUGCUGUGUCCCUCAGACUCAGUGGGUGAGGAGACAGCCCUGGAGCUCAUGUCAGUAUUUGCCCAGUGUCCUCCCAAAUUCGUCGACUUUCGUUGUCACCUCCUCCUGGCCCUUACCUCUGUGCUCCUCUGCAGUUCCUGCAUGAGCAGCUGUUCCUGUGCAUCUCAAGACUUCCUAGACCUGCUUCUUGAGAUAGCCCAGGAUAUCAGUGACAUCCAUGGAGAUGGUUCUCUUCGCUCUUUACAGGCCACAGCUUGUGACUGUCUGCGGGAGCUGGAGGCCUGCUGCCCAGGGAUUCUGUCCCAGCGUCUGGAGCUCCUGGGUGCGCUCCGGCAGCGAGAAACUUCCAGGCUCCACCAGGCCUAUGCAGGACUUCACACUUUGGUGUUGAGAAAUGCCGUGUAUCAGCUCACUCAGGAAGCAGGGGCUGGUGCUGAACAUCUUAAGGCUCUUCUGGGAGGGAAUACAUCAUUUGCAUGGGAAGCAGACCAGGACUCAGGACUGAUGAAUAAGAAAGACUCAGCCAUACUGUCGUCUGUCAUCUUGGGACCUGUGGGUACAGUGCCGACCCUCCAGACUGGGCCUGAUUGUAAGGAGUUACGUUCAGUCCUAUCCUCACUCUUGGAGGAGUCCUACCUCCUCACCCCUCUGUGUCAGGCUGCACUGCUGCACAGACUGACAGAGGUGGUUGCCAUGGUGCCUGGUGUCCCCCCUGCCAUAUUCAGAGCACAGCUGCUGCGGCUGCUGGGCACUAGUGAGGUUUGUCUUCUCCACUCCAUUCUGAUGAUGAAGUGUGCAUUCACAGACAGCCUGUUCAGUGCUGAGGAUGAAGCUUUCAUCCUCAAACGUCUGGUUGUACUCUCCCAGCACCCGCUGCUGAACACCCCCCCAAAGCUUUUCUACAUGGACUGUCUCCUGCACUUUCCUGAGAACCGUCCAAUCAACUGCAGCGACGGUGACGAGACGCUCCCUGUGCUGCUGACUCCCCAGUUGGCCUCAGCUCUGGUGCCCACUGUGUUCAACGACAGCACCACCAUGCUGACCCGCUUCAACCUGCUGUGUCUGGUCUACCUGGAGGAGGCGGAGGAAGGGGUAGGAGAGGACGGCAGGGGGCUGGCCUACCUCUACGAACACCUCACCUCACUGAUGCACAUUGUGGAGCACGGAGGUAGCAGAGAGAUUGUCGUCACCUUCUUUAGAGCUGCCUUCCUCUUCCUUUCUUACUUUUUCUAUGUGGAGCGCUACUCUAACAGCCUGACUGACAAGCUUUGUGAGCUCUACUUUCACCACACCCAGCUGGCCCCCCACCUCAUCAACCUGGCUGAUCAGACUCAGGACAGACUGUCUGGUUCUACCUGGGGGGUGGGGCUCCUGAAAGCCCUGCAGAGAGCCAUCACAGAGGCUCCACUCUCCCAGCUGACCGUGCACGACCUCCGCUGGCACCUCAAGAUGCUGGCUCGAGUGGCAGAGGAGGGAGAAAUCCCCCAGCAGAACACCCUCAACUUCCUGUCCUGCAUUAUUACUCCAUCAUCCUCCUCACUGUGCGUGAGCAGCGGUUGGCGUCUGGGGAACAGUGUGCUGGGGGUUUGCCGCCGCCUGCUCAUCCACCCAAGCCUGGACUUGCUGCUCAUCCCUCUGGCUGACAUCCUGCAACAUCUCACCUGUCACUAUGGUGACACAGACAUCCAGGACCAUGCCCGCCUCUACUACACCCUCCUUACCACGCUCUCCCGUGAGAAGCUGGCCAGUGUGUUGAUGCAGGGUGAGAUCCAAGGAGGGCAACAGGUCAAGAAGCAGUCGCUAUCGUGCAUCAUGGCCGAGAGCGAGGGUCUGACAGCCAUGUUAACCGUUCAUCAGACAGAGAGAGCCAUAUUCAAGCUUGUUGAGGUGAAUUCUGAGUUAGAAGAAAAAAUGCAAGCCGAUCACGAAAGCGACUUAAACCCAAAUGAGACGGACACCUGUCCAGAUGAGGCGACUGCAGCAGUGGGAGCCUACAGAGCUCAGUUCAACGACCCUGACUUCGCCUCAGAGAUCACCCUAAACUUCCAGCUGACUCACAUUGGAGCUCAUGACUUCCGCUUUGAUCAGCUCUUCAGCAUCCACCUGCACUUCAGCCUCAUGGAUGAUCACUACGAAGAACUGAGUGACAUCAGUGUUCCAUGUCUCUUCAGAGAGAGGCCACCACCUGUUGUGAAGCUACACCUGAAGCCUAGACGACCCUACCCUACCACUCUCUGUGCCAGUGCCAUCUUUACCACCCAGGAUGGGCUCUCCUGGCACACCAACCUGCCUGAUAUCCAUGUGGAUUUCCAGCAGGUGUUCAUGCCUCUGCCUGCUCCGCAGGCCUGGGGACGGGCCAGCAAACUGUGCCUGUUCGAGGGGUUAUGGGAUGAAAUGUGCCAGGAGAGCAGGGAGAACGAUUGCGCUACCAGUCGGUUCUGCUGCCAGCUGAAGGAGGCGGCUCUUUUAGCCUUGGUGGAGAAACGCUUUCUCCCUUUUCUUGUGUCAGAUCUCUCCACCAACAAAGAGUUGAAAGUGCUUUUAUUCCUCCCUCCACAGUCUCACGUGCUGCUGAAGAUCAGGUCCGAGGAAGAUGCCGUGCACUUCGACAUUGCCACAGAUAACUGGCAACUUCUGUCUCAUAUAGGUUCUUAUCUACUGACAAUCACAUCUUCACAGGAAGACAUGCAAAGCUGACUGUGAUGCAUCUUACUGGCUUGUUUUUAAAUUUAAAAAGUACAGGCUUUUAACAAAAUCAUUCAAUUGUUGUCCACUGCUUAAUAAUAACUGCAAUUUGACUUGAAAUAAAAUAACCAAAGACAGCUGAGUUAGGCAUAAAUUGCACUUUAUUUUUCCUUGAUCUGAAAUUAAACCUGUAUAUGAAAUUCAAUAUUUUGUCAUUUAUUUACCAAGUACAGUUACUGGCUCAUUAAAAGACAAAAUAGGCCUACAUCAUGUACUGUGAUAGAUUGCUCAACAGAAAUUGUUCUUCCCCCUUUAUAAAAAUAAGGCUCUAAAAAAUUAAGAAUCCAUGAACAAAACUGCAUGUGAACUAUAGGACACAAAGGUACCCUGUGUAAUGUGGUUCUGCAAGUGGGUCCCUAGUUUGUUUUUGUUUUUUUAAUCAAAUGUACAUGUGCUCUGUGUCAGGCUGUUCUGCUUCCACUCGUGGUAGCAGGCCAACAAAGGCAGUGAGCAAAACAUGGAUAGAAAUAUGAUGCAAGUCAAGUCAAAGUGUUUAUUUGUCAUAUGCACAGUUAGGAAACGUGUUUCCCUGUACAAUGAAAUUCUUA